AUGAUGACCAGUUUAAGUCUGCACAUUCACGAGGCAGGGGAUAUAAAAACCUCAACCAAGCCAACAUUCUCGUUCUCAUACAAGAUUGAACCCCCCGUUGGCUUGUAUCAAACACUUGCUCACCCCCGUCGCAAGUGGAUAAUAGAUCCUCGCUACACCCUUCUUGAGACGGCCGAGGCGAAGCAACUGUCUGAUAUGGUCGAGUCUCUAUCCAUCCCGAACGACUGUCAAACAGAUAUUGGUAACCUACGAGGAGUUGUUGAACGACGAGUGGAUAAAAUCGCCCGCCCUCAGAAUGGUUCCCUGACUAGGAUACCUCCCGUAUAUGGGUGCGAUAUGCUUGCAGCACAUAGCAUAAGCGAUGCCUCGAAGAAAAGCACAACCGCCCUCAGCCCGAAUCCCGAGAGCUACACAUGGAACGUCGUUAUCUUUUUCCGCGGCCGCCCUACUAUCGGCAAUACACCAACGCUCAUGAUACCUAUUAUUAUAAUCGGUCCCCUCACAGUGCGGGUUGAGGGAGAUGAUGCGUCAAGGACGUUGAAUUUGGACGGUCAAUACCACCUUUUUCGCGAGGAGCACAUGCUCAUCGUUGAAGGAGAAGGCCGCAUGGCGGCGCUGUGUGACAGCGGUGGAGUGAAAUAUCAUAUCUGUGUCAAUGACAGGCUCUUAAGAGUAUAG